AUGGCAACCCAUCAGUUCACACGGUUCCCAAACCUCUCAGCUGAGAUUAGAAUUAUGAUCUGGAGGAAAAGCAUAGAGCCCCGCUUAGUAGAGGUCUGGCCCAAAGGUGGAAAAUACGAUGGAUUUUGUUCGAGUACUCCUCUUCCAGGAGCGAUGACAGCAUGUCGAGAAUCUCGAGCAACUGUUAUACGUUUUUACUCUCUCGUAUUUGGCGGAACAUUUAUUCAGGCUAGAAUUCGGUUCAACUUCGCCCUCGAUACGCUAUACAUUGACUGGAAAAUACAAGAACGUCUUGCUAGUUUUGUGUUAUCAAUUAGCGAAUAUGAAGCUGGAAGAAUUCGAUCCAUUUUUAUCGACGGAGAGAUUCGGUAUGCACGCUAUUGCAACGGACUAGAAGUCGACAUGGGUAUGCUUCGGCGUAACCCUGCUAUGCGUCAUGGAAUCUCGACCGAUUACAACAGUGAGAAAGUUGGAGAUGAUGAAUUUCAGUUACUUUCUUCGGCAUUGUCUUCAAUGCCAAUGCUAGUAAAGUUAUACGUCGUAUAUACGGUAAAACCGGAGGGUGACGAAGCUCCUUUGGAUAACCAUGAUGAGUUUAGCCAGUUGAUAAUCUUCAAAUACGACGAGCUGCUUGAUUCUUUUCCAGCACCAUCAAAUGCUGAGGAUGAUUAUCGGGUUAGCUUAAAUGAUGAGAUUGAACCAAUUUCUUUUGAUUGGUUAUUGAAUAAUAUAAGCGUGAGGUUUAAUCAGUAUCAAAUUCGUCACCUGGACAUUCGAUACGCAUGGAGGUUUCCCACAUUCUUUACAACCCCACCUUCUGGUUUUAGCUCCCCUGGCUUUCAGGAGCGUAUAGCUUGGUGGAGGGAACACCGGGAUUCAGGAUAUUUUUUAUUGGAAGAAGAAUAA